AUGUCCUCCCGCGAAAACCAAGACUCUUCCGCCCCGAUGGACCAACAGCAGCAGCAGCAUCAGCAACCACAGCAGUCCCAGCAAUCUCCGCACGAACAGUCUCAACACCUACCGCAGCAACAGCAACAACAACAACAACAACCUCAGCAGGCUCCACAGCAAGGCUCGCCUCAACAGCAACAGCCGGCGCCAUCACAGCAGGUUCAGCUCUCGCCUGCCCAGCCUUCUCAUCCUCCGCCACUUAACUCGCCCUCAGCUGUUCAGCAGGCUGUUGCGGCUGCUGCUGCGGCCUCAGUUGUUAAUCCAGUACCCCUUCCACAAAACCUGAGCCGUGGGCCAAGUCAAAGCACUGCUGAGAACUUAGUGUGCCAAUGGCAGGGUUGCCAAGACCGGCUUCCCACUGCUGAAGCCCUCUAUGAGCACGUCUGUGAACGCCAUGUUGGCCGUAAGAGCACCAACAACUUGAAUCUAACUUGUGGAUGGGCGAAUUGCCGGACAACUACUGUCAAGCGAGACCAUAUUACUUCGCACAUUCGAGUACAUGUUCCCCUGAAGCCUCACAAGUGUGAUUUCUGCGGCAAGGCGUUCAAGCGUCCACAGGAUUUGAAGAAACAUGUAAAGACCCACGCGGACGAUUCGGUCCUCGUAAGAUCCCCAGAACCUGGCCCUGGAUCCAGGCCCCCAAAUGGGAUGUUUGGUGUUGGCGUUGGUGCCGACGGAAAAUCCCAUUAUUUCGAAGGUGCAUUAGGACCUGUCCCCGGACAAGGGUAUCCGCAUGGAGCUCCACAAUAUUAUCAAAAUCCCCACCCACAACACCCUUCCAAUCAAUCUUAUGGAAACGUGUACUACGCUGUUGGCAGCGAUACGUCGCAUCAGGCCUCUUAUGAGUCGAAGAAACGCGGAUACGAUGCUUUGAAUGAGUUUUUCGGUGACUUGAAACGCCGUCAGUUCGACCCCAGCUCCUACGCAGCGGUUGGGCAGCGACUAUUAAAUUUGCAUGGCCUGCCCCUUCCCCUGGUUAACGGCGGUGCUGUUCCCGAGUACCAACCAAUGCCAGCCAUCGUUAAUGUCGGCGGUCAUGGCGGCGGUUACCAGCCUGGCCCAAUGCCCGCACAAUCCUACCACCUCCCUCCAAUGGGCAACCUUCGCACCAAGGCUGACUUGAUGAACAUUGACCAGUUCCUGGAACAGAUGCAGUCGACCGUUUACGAGAAUGAUGACCACGUUGCCGCUGCGGGAGUCGCCCAGCCAGGCGCCCAUUACAUCCACGGCGGGAUGAGUUACCGCAAUACUGGCUCGUCCCCAUCUGCGACUCAUAUCCCGUCUAGCCACGCAUCAGCGACCACCACUGCUCCCAUGAUGGUCUCUUCAACUACCGCCCGUUCUCCUCAUACCACACCUGCACUCACCCCUCCUUCCAGUGCCCAGUCUUACACGUCUGGUCGAUCCCCCAUUUCAGUCUCUUCGACGCACCAUUCUGUUCCGCCUUCGCACCAUCCUCAAUCAAGCGCCGCCAUGUAUCCAACGCUUCCGGCCACAACAGCCCAGGAAAACCCCACCACCCCCUAUCCAAGUAUUUCAAGUGCAGCGCCGCCGUCGACUCUCAGCAGCGUAUUUGAAAACGAUGACCGUCGCAGAUAUACAGGCGGCAUGCUCCAACGAUCGCAACCACACAGCGCACCCGAAUCAUCACAAAUGUACCCCCUCCCAUCAUCAUCUAAUGCCGAGACUACUAAAUUAUCUACCAAUGUCAUCGACCCAGCCCUCCGACCAACAACAAGAACAGGAAUAUCGGUAGACACUGAGCGUGAUAGCGACAAACGCUCGUCUAGUACAACCCCAGACGCUGAGGAAGCAUCCCGCGCUGUAGCCGCGGCCAUUACGGCUGCAAAUGCAACGGGCAGCAAUGAAACCCACGACUCGGUUGAACAGUGGGUUGCCAAUGUGCGCCUCCUGGAGAAACUACGUUUGUAUAUUUAUGAACGACUCAGCCGUGGUGAUUAUGAGGAGGAGAAUUAUACUGAUUCUACUGAUGUGCCCUCGAGUGAGAUCGACAACCACAACAAGGAUAGCCCUGACGUUAGUGAGAGGAUGGAAGGUAUUGAACUUGGAGACCGAGCGUCAUCGUCGGGCGCAGCUUCUGGCUCGGAUAUGAAUAUCGAUAGGCAAGGAUCUGAGGAGCGACAAAAGCAGCAACAGGGAGGUAACUCCCCGCAUGAUAAUAUAAAGUCAGAUCCGCGGGAGGCACGGGAUGGGGCAAGUCUGUAUCCAGUUCUAAAGAUGGAUUUUGAGGAGACUUGA